AAAUACACGUGAUGGCCCGCCUAUCAUAUGUUUUCAGGUAUUUUCAGUAAAACAAUGGAUACAAAGUUCACGAAAAACACACAAAAUCAAACCAACGUUUGUGUAUUUGCUUCUUCUGCUCCAGUAAUAUCACAGAAUGACCAUUGUACGUGUACGUUGUAAAUAAGCCAAAAGCUUACAUGUAAAACAGUUGAUUCUUUUCGCAAAUACUCAAAUUUGUUACCAAUAGAUAUUCCCAAGCUCGAUCGUUGGUUAAUUUAAAAUUAAUUAGAACGAUUAAUGACAUAUUAAAAAAUUAUAAGUCUUUUGUAGAAUUGUUGAACAAAUUGUCUGGUGUGUGUGACAGAAUAAAUGAAAAGCGAGAGGAAGUAUGAUAGUGAUUAAACGCGCGCGGUCGCGCGCACAGACACAUGCGCGCUCUCGUUCGGCGGCUGCAGCGGAAGGUUUUCUCUGAGGUCGUCGCGCGCAUCGGUGUGAUGGCGAACGCACGCGCUCCGGUAUUCUCCGCAUCUGUCCGCCGUUUGUGAACAUAUAAGCGAUAAAUCAGACAUGGCAGGCCAUCAGGGAUCGGUUGUCCUCCGCUGCUGCUUCGCUGUUCUGCUGCUUCUCAGCAGUGCUUUACCGAACCGGACCAGCAGCGAUGCGCAAUACAGUAAUAACACCAAUACAUUAGACUCUGAGCGGAUACCAAAGCUACAGGACAACAGCACUACUGUGAGACGGUGGCGUGUUCUGGGUGAAGUCGGGCCGCUGUGCGCCUACCGCACUCUUGACGCCGGUGACCCCGGGCGUCUGUGCUUCCGGUACACCCUACCGGACUUCAGGUGCGCCGGUGCGUCCUGUCGACAGGUGAGCUCACCUGACGGACAACUCACUGCCAACAUCCUGUCCAACGGAAGUGUGUUUAUUCAGUGGACGGCUCACGCCCCACCAAAGAGCCCCGCACCGGGGCAGGCGGGCGGCUUCAGGCUCAGCUGCUGGUGGAACGGCAGCUACACGCAGUUCGAAUGCGCCGUCGUGCAUUUAGGCAGCAGCUGCAGGGAUUAUUUACUCAACGAGCUGCACGCCAACGUGCCGUACCGCCUCUGCGUGCGACCCUACGCCCUCGACCAGGCCGAAGCCUGCGUGGAGUUCAGCCUCCAGCCCAGCGGGAUGCAGGACAUCGUCAUCGCCAUGACAACAGUGGGCGGAGCCAUCUGCGUGAUGCUGGUCAUCAUUUGUCUGCUGGUGGCGUACAUCACCGAAAACAUCAUGAACCCGACGCUGACGACGCAGCACUCGCACAGAUCACACCUGCACACACACCUGUGAAAAGAAACAUCGCUAUCGUCACGCAGACACACACACACCUUACAACUCAGGAUCAGAAACUAAUGCAGAAUUCGUGUAGAAAUGCUGCGCUGCUCCUGAGAGUAACACUACUACACACAGGCUGUGUUCGGAAUGGGAUACUUUACUGAAUAUAGUGUACGAUAAUUCCUCAAUAGUACACAAUAUCAUCAUGUCGCAUGUGAGUGGCGUCCACUGUGUUCUAAAAACGUUGUGGGAACACUGAUUUGCAACGUUUGUAAUGUGGCGUAAUUUGAAUGUUAUUUAAAAGGUUACGCAAGUAUAACAUUUUCUACGGACAUUUUCUUUCAACAUUAGGAUAACAUUCAUCACGUACAAAUGUGAUGUUCCAAGAGCAUUGUUCUGAGGUCAAUUAUGAGAUAAAAGUCAAAAUUGAGACCAAAAAAAUCUAAAUUAUGAAUUAAAAAAACUAAAUUAUGGCAAUAUAAGUGAUAAUUAGGACAUACAAAGUAACAUUUUUUAACACUUUAUCAUAACUAUGACACAAAUAGUCAAAAUUAUGGCAUAAAAAAUUGAAAUUAUGAUAAAAUGUAAAAACUAAAUCAGAAUUAUGAGAUUAAAAAGUCAAAAAUAUGGCAUCAUAGCAAUAUAAGUGAUAAUUAGGACAUGCAGUCAUAAUUUUGAUAUUGUAACUAGGACAUAUAUGAUCAAAAUUAUAACAUACUAAGUGAAAAAAAUUCUAAAUUAGGACAUACUAAGUCUAAAUUAUGAGAUGAAAAGUUGAAAUUGUGAUAAAAAAAUCAAAAUGAGAUUAAAAAGUCAAAAUGAUGGCAUUAUAGCAAUAUAACUGAUAAUUAGGACAUAACAAUGUUAACAUUUUAUAUCAUAACUAGGACAGAAAAGGUCAAAAUUAUGGCAUAAAAGUUUGAAAUUAUGACAAAAUGCCAAAAUUAUGACAGUCAUAAUUAUAAGAUUAAAAAGUUAAGGCAUUAUAGCGAUAUAUGUGAUAAUUAUGACAUGCAAAGUAACAUUAUUAACACUUUAUAUCAUAACUAGGACACAAAAAGUCAAUUAUGGCAUAAAAAGUUGAAAUUAUGACCAUAUGUAAAAAUUAUGACACUAAAUCAGAAUUAUGAGAUUAAAAAUUCUAAAUUAUGGCAUCAUAGCAAUAUAAGUGAUAAUUAGGACAUGCAAAGAUAAUUAGGACAUGCAAAGAUAAUUUUGGUAUUAUAACUAGGUCAUAAAAAGUCAAAAUUAUUAAUUAUACUAAGUGAUAACUAUGACAAAAUUAGGACAUACUAAGUCAUAAUUAUGAGAUAACAGUCAAAAUUAUGAGCAUAAAUUGAAUUUAGGACAUACUAAAUCUAAAUUAUGAGAUGAAAAGUUGAAAUUGUGAUAAAAAAAUAAAAACUGAGAUUAAGAAGUUAUUGUGGCAUUAUAGCAAUAUAAGUGGUAAUUAGGACAUAACAAUUUUAACAUUUGAUCAGAAAAAAUCAAAAUUAUGGCAUAAAAGUUUGAAAUUAUGACUAGAUAUGUCAUAAUUAUGAGAUUUUUAUGGCAUUAUAGCAAUAUAAGUGAUAAUUAAGACAUGCAAAGUCAUAAUUUUGAUAUAACUAGGACAUAAAAUAUCAAAAUUAUGAGAUAACAGUCAAAAGUAUUUUGACAGAGAUAUUGACAGAAUGUAAAAUUAUGAAUUAUAACACAGAAAGUCAAAAUUAGGACAUACUAAGUCAUAAUUAUGAGAUGAAGAGUUGAAAUUGUGACAUUAAAAAGUAAAAUUGUGGCAUAAAAAGCGAAUUAUGAGAUUUAAAAGUUAUGGCAUUAUAACAUACAAAGUAACAAUUUUGACAUUUUAUAUCACAACUAGGACCUAAAAAGUCAACAUUGUUGUCUCAUGAGAACAUUCAUCAAGUAAAAUCAACAUCACAAGAUGUUCCAAGAACAUUGUUUUCUCUCAGCAUACUCAUGAUGUUGAAGAACAUUUUACCUAACAUGUACACAACCUUCAGAAAACGUUGUGGGAACGUUGCCUGUUAGCUGGGCGGUUCUUAGAAAAUACUUGUUUUAGUGGAGUUUAAAGUGUUACCGGUUCAAAUAAUGAGAUUACUUUCAUCACGCUCAACGCAGUGCAUUGUGGGACACAGUAUACCGCAGCAAUAGUAGAAAUAAUAUUGCAGUAUGCUAUUCCGAACAUAGCCAUACACUAUAUCCCAACAAGCUUUUUUCCUGUGUUUAAGUGCAUUUUCAUCUAUAGUCUCGUUUAAUAAUCCCAUUUACCAAAUACUGUGCACUCACUGAUAUUUAGACUGAUAGCUAUAAAUAUUUGUUUUAGAAAUGCAAGUCAUUGAAUCGGUCACUGCAUAUGAUGAAACGAUGAAGAUUUUAAGUGAUCUGACUGUAGUAUUAAGGAAGAAAAGCUGCUUUCCUUUUAUUAGAAGGAUGCUGUAGUUUUGUACUCUGAUGUUCUGUGUGUCAAACCCAAUAAUUUACAGUAUGCCUUAUCUUUACACAAAGUUAUUAAUAUGAGUUUGUAAUAUUCACCAAAAUAAGGACCCACUGACUGGCUGAACAGUCGUUUGAAUACUGUGCUUUUUCUCUGUAAUACAAACCUUUUGUGUCAAUAAACGAGGGGUGAAUUUAAUAAA